AUGUCGUCGGCUUUGCUUCAGAAGACAUUAAAACUAGAUGAAGAUGGUGUGUUAUAGUUUGUAAAUUAUUUUUUCAAAUUAAUUUGGUUGAUUUACUUUGUUUUAUACACUUUUUGCAGAAAACAGCGUCAAAUUCAAACUAAACUCAAAGCAACGGAGGCACAAUGUCGUUGAGCAGGAAAAGGAAAUGUUGAAGACAAAUGGAGAUUUGUAUCAGCUAGAUUGGGAGUCUGGAGAUCUGAAAAAGAAAUCAACAAAGGCGAGGAUUGCGGCCAGGAAGAUAAAACAAGAGAAAAUGAGCGUAGCUAUGGCUAAAAAAGUAAGAUUUAACUUUUUCUUCGGUUUCUAGGAUGUUUUCGACAGAUUUAAGAAGUUGGUUUGGAUUUAUGGAUGUUGAUAUUGGCUAAAAUUAGUUUCGAUUAAUUUGGUGUUCUUUGUGACUCUGAAACAAAGAUUUUUGUUUUUUAACAUAUUCGUUUGUCAAACAAUUUUUUUGUCAACUAAUUUUAUGCCCAGCUUGAUAAAUAAAGAGAUUUUUAGGGAUACUCAUUGGUUGAUCAAUACCGUGACAAUAAACCAAAAGACAUUGAAGCAAGGAAUUUGAGAUACCUGGAGUUUGUUGAACAAGCUCAAAUUGAUCAAGGAAUCAUCAACAGAAUUACAGAAAAGGACAGGGUUAGGACACUGCAAAAGAAGGAAGCUAUUGCUAAACGAAGGGACCUUAAAAGUAAGUUUUAUUAAUUUGCUAUUAUUAGUAAUUUAAUUGUUGUUAAUGUUGACAGUAUUUGUACUGAUUUUAAUGUACCUAAAAGUUCUAAAUUGUUUUUAAUGAUUUUAUAAUAAGUAUAGUUUUAGUGAAUGUGUAAUAUAAAUUAAUAUUUGUUUUAUGUUAUUUUAGAUGUUAUAAAACGAGGUGGACAAAAGAAGAAGAAGGAAGAGUUUUCAUCGAUCUUUAGUGAUGCAGAUUUUAGUCAGUUAGACGGCCCAGGAUCAAAAAUCAUGGAUAACUUCAAGCGGAUCAAAUAA